GUAGACAUGAAUGAAUGUGUAACAGAUACACACACCUGCCAGCGGAGAGAGCACUGCGUCAACACGAUGGGGUCAUUCAAAUGUCUCCAGGAACUGAGCUGUCAGCCAGGUUAUGAACUUAAGGAUGGAGAAUGUGUUGACAUUGAUGAAUGCCAGAGAGGAACUCAUAGUUGUAAAGUCAACUUCGUUUGUCAGAAUACGGAAGGAUCAUUCUACUGCGAAUCAAAGCAGCGCUGCAUGGAUGGAUUUUUACAAGACCCUGAGGGAAACUGUGUUGAUAUUAAUGAAUGCACAUCUCUCCCUGAGCCAUGUAAACCAGGAUUCAACUGCAUCAACACUGUUGGCUCUUACACCUGCCAAAGGAACAUGCUGACGUGCAGCAGAGGCUACCAUUCCAAUGAGGAGGGAACCCGAUGCAUCGACGUGGAUGAAUGUCAAACUGGUGUUCACCGUUGUGGCGAAGGGCAGAUUUGUCAUAAUCUUCCUGGGGCUUAUCGCUGUGACUGCAAGAUGGGAUAUCAGUACGAUGNUAUUUCUAAGUUGCUUGUAUAUUUGCUUGUUUUGCUGGCAGAUAUAAAUGAGUGCUGGAAUUACCCUGGCCGCCUGUGUCAGCACACGUGUGAGAACACCCCUGGCUCCUACCACUGCACUUGUUCUUCUGGUUUCCGCUUGUCUUACGAUGGGAAACAUUGUGAAGAUGUGAACGAAUGCGAUGCGAGUCCCUGCAGCCAGGAGUGUGCCAAUGUUUACGGUUCCUAUCAGUGUUACUGCAGGCAAGGUUUCCAGCUGGCAGAAGAUGGUCACUCCUGUAAAGAUAUCGAUGAGUGCACACAGAGUGCAGGCAUUCUUUGUACUUUCCGCUGCGUCAAUGUUCCUGGUAGUUAUCAGUGUGCUUGUCCUGAGCAGGGAUAUACCAUGGCAGCAAACGGAAGAACCUGUCGAGAUAUCGAUGAGUGUGCAAUAGGAACCCAUAACUGUUCAGCUGCAGAGACUUGCUAUAACAUCCAGGGCAGCUUCCGCUGCCUGUCCUUCGAGUGCCCGUCCAACUACAGGAAAGUCUCUGACAUGAGGUGUGAACGAAUCAGUUGUUUCAAUUACCUGGACUGCCAAAACACCCCAGUGCGCAUCACCUAUUACCAGCUGAACUUCCAAACCAAUAUCGUGGUCCCGGCUCAUAUUUUCCGCAUUGGACCAUCGCCUGCCUAUGCUGGAGACAACAUCGUCCUUACUAUCAACAAGGGGAAUGAAGAAAACUACUUCAGCACGCGAAGGCUGAACUCGUACACGGGCAUCGUCUAUCUUCAGCGGCAAGUGAAAGAGCCUAAAGACUUUUUGUUAGAUGUUGAAAUGAAACUGUGGCGUCAGGGAACAUACACUACUUUUCUUGCCAAAAUUUACAUUUUCAUCACAGCUCACGCGUACUGAAGCCUGUACUGACGCUGGAUUUUAUUGGUGCUAUGCUCUUUAACUGUUCUACCAAAGCUUAAUACUGUUGAAGUGGCAUUUCAUGUAUCUAGCCUUUAUAUUAUUUUUCUAUCAUUGCUUUAAACUUUUUUAUUUUUUGUGUAAAUUAAGUUAAUUUUAAUCUUUUGUUUGUUUGUUUUCUUAUGUAAUUCUUGACAUCAUCAUUUGACAAUGAGCGAGGGAAGGGUUAGAAAGGCAGUACAUACAUUGUGUUAAAUGCUGGAACCUUUUCUCUGAAAUUAUUCUUUAGGUUUAGUCAUAUCUCCAGGGUAUUGCACUAG